AUAUUCAUAAUUAUAUUGUACUUUUUGAAAUAUUUGUCAAUAGGUUGUCGAAGAUGUCAAGCAGAAGGAGAUCGAGGGGUUCUUCCCAAUCGACGUCUAAGGCUACUAAGAAAAAUAAAGCAGAGUUAAGAUUGCCUUCAAAUAUCGGCGUAUUUCGUGACUUGGUGAACAAUCGGUUAAGGCCUUUGCUACAUAACAAUCAUUAUGAAGCCCUCCGUCAAACCCCUUUUUUCCACUUCAUUAAUCUACCGGCUAUUCCUAAUGAACAAGUUUCAGUUGAUUGCUUGCUUCAUGCAUUUAAUCCAGAGCAUAGCUCAUUCAGGAUUGGGGGAAAGGAUAUCGUGUUCAGUUUUGUACAUGUGCAUGAAAUAACCGGAUUGCCGAAGACUGGAAAUAAGGUUGUAAUGGAUGGUCGAGCGCCUAAUACUAUAUACACCGAGCAUGUGUAUGGUAAGAAGACCCAAACAGAGAAGGAGGAGGAGAAGAAGGCCGGUAAGAGGAAGAAGAGGAAAGUCGACAAGAAGGAUGAAAAUAAAGAUAAAAAGAAAGUGUGGGCCACACGCAAGAGGAUGGCCGAUUUGAUCGUGGAGUUGGCAGUCUCCAACCACAUAGCUUGUGUGAAAUUGCUUGUUGCCUUUAUUAUUGGAUUUGUAUUAUGCCCGCAGCCCUCUAACUCAUGUCCAUUGAGAUGA